AUGUCAUUUUCUACUUUUUCUCUAGAGUCAAUAGUCCGCCCAAACAUACUAUCGCUCUUACCAUACAGAUGCGCAAGGGACGACUACUCUUCCGGAAUAUUACUUGACGCCAACGAAAACUCGUUAGGACCAGUACUUGACGAGACACGAUUCCACACGCCGACCGAUAAUCCAAUAGACGACCACCUGAACCGAUACCCAGAUCCACAUCAAACUCUUGUCAAAGAACGUUUGGUCAAGUUUCGUGGGGUACCGUCGACUGAUCAUCUUUUUAUUGGCGUUGGAUCGGAUGAAGUUAUCGAUUUGUUGAUUCGGAUAUUUUGUGUACCUGGAAAAGAUAAAAUUUUGAUUACGCCCCCGACGUAUGGGAUGUAUCCGGUCUGUGCGAAAAUUAAUGAUGUGGAGGUUGUCAAAGUUAAUUUGAAGGUUGAAGAUGGAGAGGAUCGGUUUCAAUUGCAGAAUGAACAGAAGAUUUCAGAUACAUUAUCAAAAAAUCCCACUACAAAAAUAGUUUUUCUAUGCUCGCCAGGAAACCCAACUGGUAAUGCAUUGAAUCAUUCCUCGAUCAAGGCUCUCCUCGAAGAUCCUAAUCUUCACGGAAUUGUGGCCGUCGAUGAAGCUUACAUUGAUUUCACAAAAGAGGAUGAUAAUAUUGGAAGUGUUGCAAAAUGGGUUGAGCAAUACCCGAAUCUGGUCGUUAUGCAAACUUUGAGUAAAAGCUUUGGAUUGGCGGGAAUUAGAUUAGGUAUUGCAAUAGGAAACCCAAAAAUUAUACGUCUAAUGAACAACACAAAAGCUCCAUACAAUAUAAACACCCUAACAUCAAAAGCUGCACUAUCAGCACUAACCACCGAAAGCAUUUCAAACAUGCACGAGAAAGUCUCUACCAUUCUCUCAGAACGCGCGAAACUCAUAAUUUCUCUAAAAAACAUUCCCGGAAUUGAGAUAAUUGGUGGAAAAGACACAAAUUUCCUCUUGGUACGAAUACUGGAUGAAACUCAUCGAUCACCGUCUAGUAUUCGAGCUCGAUGGUUGUAUCGAGAACUGGCAGAACACAUCGGAAUCGUGGUCAGGUAUCGUGGAAAUGAAGUUGGCUGUGAAGGGUGUUUACGGAUUACGGUUGGUACGCCGGAUGAGAAUAAACUGUUGGUUAAAAAUCUGAGUCGAUUGUUGGGUGAAAAUGUCAAUUAA